UUGACACUCCAAAUCAAGCACAAGUACAACGCUUAACUGAUCGGAGCUAUUUUAGGGCUUUUCUUCAUCGCUGAUCGACAAUGAGUACCGAAGGUUCGACUAAAGGCGGGAGAGGUAAAUCUAAAAUAACAAAAUCAGUCUCCAGAUCUCAGAAAGCUGGCAUCCAAUUCCCCGUCGGUAGAAUCGCUCGAUUCCUCAAAGCCGGUAAAUACGCGGAACGUGUCGGUGCCGGAGCUCCAGUCUAUCUCGCUUCCGUUCUUGAAUACCUCGCUGCUGAGGUCCUUGAAUUGGCGGGAAAUGCAGCGAGGGAUAAUAAGAAGAAUCGGAUUGUUCCGAGGCAUAUACAUUUGGCUGUGAGAAACGAUGAGGAAUUAAGCAAGCUUUUGGGGACUGUUACUAUUGCUAAUGGCGGCGUUUUACCUAAUAUUCAUCACAAUCUGUUGCCUAAAAAGUUUGGGAAGGGGAAGGAUGAGAUUGGAUCUGCUUCGCAAGAAUUCUAAGGAUUUAAUUAGUAUCUGCAACCGGAUCUCAUAGUUUUCAGGAUUGUUAAACAUCUUUGGGGUUUUUCCUAUUGUUUUCCUGAUCUAAAAGUCAAUGUAAAACCCUGGCCUAUAUACGUAAUACAC